AACAUUCCAUAUAUCGUGACGUCACGCAAGCGGCCAUUUUCUCUAAAGGAAAGCACGUUUGGGGAAGCUGUCCAACUGAAUUAGUAUAUUUUUGUCAAUUUUCUCGCUGAUUAAGCGAGGUUUUAAUCAUACAAGACAUUCAAUGUUCGACAUUAAAGCGUUUGGGUGUGUGAUUGACCAUACCUAUAUGGAGUUUGUACGGAGUACAGGAGACUACUGCCAGGCUCAGCACGAGUAAUAAAUCGGGUCACGACCUAACAUACAUCGUAACGGUGCUGCACAAACUUCUAGUUCUUUAUUCUGAUUGGAUGUAAUACUGGGAGGUGUAUUCAACCCCAAUCUAUACAGAUCAAUUGAAUGGGGUAAAUCGCCCGAUUAAAUAGAGUGAUUAUAAACGCCCACGUGUCUUUCAAACCGUAGAGGUAAUAUAAAUAGCAUUGCCGAUUGCAACUGCAAUAUUUGUUUACGUCGACUUUUAAAUUGGGCGGAGUCACAGACACAUUGAUUACCUUAUUUGGAAUAAUAAAUUGGAUUAAUUGAUACAUUUUGUUCAAAUAUUUGAAUCAUCUGUGCUCUAUAUAUAUAUAUAUAUAUAUACGUGAACUGUAUUAUUUGCAACAGUUGAACGUGUGUGUGUUAUAAAUCGUUUAGAAUAAGUCUCAUUGUAUUUUUAUCAUCUGUUCAUCCAUCAGCCAUCUUGAAGUGACCUGUAUAAAUAUUUUUGUAAUUAUUUUGUCGUAAGUUUGUUGUGCCUAUUUCUCUCUUCCCAUUGUGUGUUAUUGUUCAUUCAAAUCUGUGGUGUAGUAAUAUUAUGACAGCAAUGAAGUCUCGACGCCCCGAACCAGCAGAAAUUGAAUACAAAAAUAUGCGAUUCCUGAUCAUGGAUCGCCCUACAGAUGCUACGAUUGAUAAAUUUAUUGAAGAGUUACACAAACGAGGUGUGAAGGAUGUUGUUCGAGUCUGUGAACCAACUUAUACUGUUACUAAACUAGAAAACGAAGGCAUCCGUGUUCUGGAUUGGCAAUUUGAUGAUGGAAAACCACCACCAUCUGCUGUAGUUGAUGAUUGGUUUAAUUUAUUAAAAUCCCGUUUCCGUGAAGAACCUGGUAGCUGUGUUGCAGUUCAUUGUGUUGCUGGUUUAGGACGUGCUCCUGUUCUAGUAGCUUUAGCAUUAAUGGAAAGUGGUAUGAAAUAUGAAGAUGCUGUAGAACUUAUUAGAGGAAAGCGACGAGGAGCCAUCAACGCUGUACAACUAUCUUUCCUAGAACAUUACCGUCCUAAAGCUCGACUCAAACUAAAAAAUAACGGGCAUAAAUCCUGUCGCAUCAUGUGACUUCCUUGACUAGUUUGAUUGGUGGAAAACAUCAUCUCUUUUUGUAUUGCAGAGUUUCCUUGCCCCUGACAAUCGGCCUUGUUAAUGAAUUUUGUGCGACAUCCAUUUACAUGGUUGGCUAUUUUUCGAAUCAUUAUUCAGUAAUCCAUAUUUAUUAUAAACUGACUGUAGUCAAGAAAGAUCACUCUGCAUUACUUACAAGAAAAGUUGCCAUUGUGCUGUAUUCUACACUCUACAAUCCUUGUCAUCCAAUGGACAGCCUUGUUUUAUGUUCCAUAGUAAUCUUAUUGGUUAGCUAAUAGGAAACCUUGUUUUAUUGGUUCGUUGGAUUAAUUGUAAUUUACUAUUUGUUUUAAGGUAUUUUAUUGAAGGAAUUGAUAUAAAAUGUUGCCAAAUUCAUUGGUCUUGCUCUUUGGCAUAGCUAUGGUUCAAAACAACUGUUAUUCUUGGUAUGACAAAAAACAGGUCUGGUGGUAGUGUAUGCAUGUGAUCCCUAUGCUGUUUGAAUUCCAAGAAUAAUGUCAACAAAAGUGCUGCUGUUGAUCAAAAUUCUCUCCUAGACAUUUCAAAUGUAAACAUUGAAUUAAUGCUGAACAAAGCAUUUUGUUGGCUAGACUAAUAUAAGUGCCAUUCUUUCCCUUUCUUCUUAUUUUUGGGAUAUAGAUAAAUGUAGGUUUACAGAUCGGAAAUAAGCUGUACAUGACAACAUCAUGAUGGACAAGAUAUAUUGUCCAGAUCUGGAGUUAACAAUUUUAGGGCUCUAGGACAAUUCGUCCCUGAACAACUCGUCCCUGAGGACAAUUCGUAUCGGGACUAUUAGUCCCAUAGGACUAUUCGUCCCCGGACAAAUCGUCCCCAUGGACAAUUUGUCCCCAGACUAUUCGUCACCUAGGACAAUUCGUCCCCUAGGACAGUUUGUCCCUGAACAACAAUACUGGUAGUUCCAUUACCAAAAACUGAAUUAAUCUUUACUUUUUAUUCUAAAUCUCAGUUUUGAUGCUAGUUUUACUUCGUUUUAUAUUUAGUAUUAAAUCUAGGCCUUAACUUAAUUGUUCCUGAAGUUUUUUCGGGCAAAUUGAUAUGCAUGUGUAGUAAUCAGCUAUGGUCAGUGACACCUUUUGUGAGUUAGAGAAUCUAUUUAUCCCUUGUCCAUUGUCAACACUGCACUUGACUUAUAAUCAAUAUGCAUUAUUGUGUAUGAUAAAACAAUGUAGACCAGACAUCAGUUAGUUUCAACUUCUUCAAUUUCUUUAGAAUUAGCUGUUGAUCAUACUUAGUGGAUGAAUAGACCUAGGGGACGAAUUGUCCUUGGGGACGAAUAGUCCUAGGGAACAAGUUGUCCGGGGACGAAUUGUCCCGUACCCCAAUUUUAGUUGUUUCUGGCAGAAUAUCAGACUCUAUUAAAGUUGUCCUUGACAACAUUUUUAACUUUCGUGUCGGACUUGUAUUCAAAAUAUUUAUAAAAUCAUAUCAAAAAGACAAAUCGGUGCCCCAGAUAAAAAUGCCAGACACAAAGAUGAAUUGUGCCAGACAAAACCUGAAUUUUGUUCCUGACAGUGCCAUUCACAGGUGGCUUAAUUUCAGGCAUGUAAAUGUCUAAAGUGAAUCAUGCUGUUAGCUAAGUGAACUCACAUCUCUCAUAGAUUUAGAUCAAUAUAUUUGCUCCAGGGAUAAAUUUUGUUCUGUACCAUUGUUAUGAACCAACAGUGUUUUAAAUGUAAAAAUCCUAAUACACUGUAAUCAUUAAUUGCUUUAUGUGGAUAUGUUUUGUUCAAUUAUUUAUUUUUCGUCAAAUAAAUUAAAAUACGAAUUUGUAAUUAUUAUUAAAAUGUAUUUUUAAAAUGCGAUUUGAAAAAAGAUCUUGUUAAACCAUAAUUAUGCCAAAAUAAUGUUUGGUAAUUUAUGCUUAUUUCACAGAUUUUUAACAUCUUAAAAUCUGACUAAAGCUGCUAUUUUGUCAAAUGUUUUCUUGCAGUUUUAUAAUGAUGGAAUCAGAAAAUAUUUUCUUUAUUCGUAUUCAUUUAUUAUGGUAAUAGAUAAUUCAAAUAGUAUUUAUUUGCAUAGAAAAAGACAGCCAUUUGAAUUGUAUAUAAAAAUUGGACUAUGUAACCAUGGUAAUGUCUUUUUUCUGCUUUAAAUUGUACAUGGGAUAAAGUCUAUUAAAUCUGAUGGGUCUCUUUGUCUAUGCGUUAAAUCAAUGCAGACCCCCUUUUCUCUGAUGCAUGUUUGUCAAAAUUAUCUGCAUUCAUUAUUUCAUAUUAAACAAUCCAAUGCAAUGUUGGAUGUUUUCACCAUUGCUUUUAAACUACUAGACUAUUAACUAGUCCUUUGUGGAUAUUACUCUAUCGCUAAAAUCCUUGGAAGACAUGGAAUAUAGAAGCUUAUGUAAAUUAGGGUUGCACAUGCAAUAUGAAUAUUCAUUAUUAAACCAAUUUUUGAUGAAAUCCUUUUAAAUAAAAUGAUACCAAAACACUGGUAUAUAUAAAGGAAUACACAACAAUAUACCAGCCUGUGUUAAACUUCAUGUCUAGAUAUUGUCUGCUACUCAGAUUAGAGUGAAACGUGGCAAUUCAGACACCAGAGAAAACCAGUGUCCAUUGAAAACCGGCACAAUUUUCUGAUUUUUUAUUUUUAUUUCUUAGCUGCUCAACCAAUAUAAACCUGCACCAACAUCACAUGUUUUAGUCGCAAAUAGCUAAAUUCAUAUGUUGUGUCGAUUUGGUGAAGUUACACUGUUUAUGGGAGUCACAGUGUACAUGGGUUAACUUGUUAAUAUAAAUUUGUUUUUGCCUUGAACAGACGGCAUGAAAAUAAAAUCCACAUGGUGAUUAUGGCCGUCUUAACAUGACUGUGAAACUGACAUUUGAAUAAAUUUUCAUAAAAGUGUGACUUUUAAUUGACAGGUGAAUUGAAGUGUCAUAAAUAAAGGGAGGGAAGAAGGGGUUGUUUCUUUACUAAAUUGGUUUCCAUUUGCCUUAAAUCUCAAUAGUAAAUGAAAAUCCAUUUUCAUAUGAACUGAAAUCUAGAUACAUGUAGAUGAAUUCUAAUUAGUUAUCAUUGUUCUCUGUUCCAUUAUAUUUAUCUAGAAUUUCAGUUGAUAUUGAUUGUAAGGUAUCUAAAUCUUUAUAAUUUCAAAAUUCUACUUUAGGUGAUAUGUGAUAUACAGUAAGUCCAAUAUAAUUCAUUGAAAUUUUGACAUUUACUAAAGGUGAUAUUACAUAAGAAGUAAGCAAAUGUAUAACUAAUGAAUUUAUUCCAAGAAAUUAUCAAAUUGGAUACUAAAAAGAACUUGCAAGUGUUUAUUUUGAAGGAUUGACAUGAAUAAAUAAAAUGUAUUGGCCUUGCGGUAUAUCCAGGGUUUAAAUUGUACCUUAAAGGAUAUUGUUACUUUUACUGGAUUUUAGUUACUAUAUUUUGAGUGAUAAUGGCUAAUGGGGUUUUUGUGUUUUAGAAAAGAUGUAAUGAUAUGUAAAAUGUAGUUUAUUUCAGUUACAACAAUUAUUGUCAGUUGUAUAGUUUUAUUCAAAUGAAAUUUGACAAUAAAAACUAAUUUUUA